GUCUUCCCAAAGGAUAUUGGGGGAGGUGGUCUUGCGUCACGUGACGACAAGCCAUCCUUACCGACCCUUUGUUGUAAAGGCUACACAACAGACCCUCUGAGUUUAGAGCGUACAUUGAUGUUUUAUGGUGCAGGAAUCGGAUGAUAUCAAAGUCUUAAGAGAGGGACGUGGAUUUGGAGCCUCGUUCUCCUCAGCUUUCUGAUGAGUUGAAUGUGGUGUCGGAUUUGGUGAAGGAAACGCACACAAAGACAGAGGGACCGCUGAGAGGCAGGCUACUCAUUUACGUGCGCACACGUUCGGGACAUUGAGAACGAGUGAGUGAACGAGUCGUAAAUACGGCAAGAAAAAUGUAUGUGUAGUCUUAUUCAGAUGCAGAAUUAUUAAAGACUGGGAGUGAUGCUGUCAUUUAUGCAUACACCAUCCCGGGAAAUAAUCCCCAUCCACGCAACCAUCUUUUAAUCACUGGAGAGUAACACUCGGAUCGGGGGUGUUUUGCCUCUGCGAAGCUGCAUGCGUUCUUCCUAGGUCGCUUUUGUUUUCUUGUUUUCGCACGAAACAUCCAACGAGGAACAAAUUCAUCGCAAACUAAGGACGGCCUGUCGACACCUUCGUGUUCAUCAUGUUGACAGGCUUUCGGAUCGUACGGUGGAUGGGACCAUUGCCUCACCUAACGUUUGCCUGCUUACUGACCAUCUCUUCUUUGCUUGGGGUUCACUCGUCGUACCCACAGAGUGGCGAAUGUGUAUCGGGCAAAGGGAAAGGCUGCGUUGAUCUGUCGGAGAAGAAGAGCGACUUGCGAGUUUGUGACGCAGCUACAUGUCGCUUCGGGGGCACCUGUCGUGAUGAUGGCUCAGACCUGAAUUGUGUUUGUCAGUUUCAGUGCCAUAGUAACUACAUCCCUGUUUGUGGCUCGAACGGAGACACCUACCAGAACGAGUGUUUCCUGAGGCAGGCCGCCUGCAAGCAACAGAAGUCCGUAACGGUUGCCUCGGAGGGGCCUUGCUAUCCCGAUAGCAGUUCGGGAUCAGGAGAUGGAGAGUACGAGGGAUCUGGAAGCGACUCAGGAAAGAAGGCCACCAAGUGUGGCAACUGCAAGUAUGGAGCCGAAUGUGACGAUGACGCAGAGGGUGUUUGGUGCAUGUGCAACAUCGACUGCAGCGGCCACAAUGAGAACCCGGUGUGUGGGACGGACGGGAACUCCUACAACAACCCGUGCCAUGUGCGUGAGGCCUCAUGCAUGAAGCAGGAACAGAUUGAUGUCAAGCACCUCGGGAGGUGUCCAGAUAAAGGGAAGAAGGAUGUUCCACCUGAUGUGUUUGCGGUUGUUAAGGACAAACCUGACUUGGGUAGCGGAAGAACCAAUGGCUGGAUUCCAGUGCCGUGUACAGAGGAGUAUGCCAACUUCUGUGUUCACGGGCAGUGUGAGAUGAAAUUCGGUGCCGUCUCAUGCAGGUGUGAAUCUGGCUACACUGGUCCUCAGUGUGACCUCCAGGACUUCAACAUCCUGUACGUUGUGCCCAGUGGCCAGAAGCUGCACUACGUGCUUAUCGCGGCCAUCAUCGGCGCCGUGCAGAUCGCCAUUAUCGUGGCUGUGGUCAUGUGCAUCACCAGGAAAUGCCCCAAAAAUAACCGGGGACGUCGGCAAAAGCAAAACCUUGGACACUUUUCUUCAGAUACUUCUUCCAGGAUGAUGUAGCUGUCUUUUUUAUUUUCAUUUUUAUACUUUUUUCGUACCAAGUGGAUUACAUUUUUAACGUAUCAAUUUUUUUUUCCUGCCUUUUAAACUUGGGAGGACGACAACAUGUUUUCUUUGUUUGUUUAUUUUUUUUAUUAUUAUUUUGAAAGAGGCCUUAUUUUUUUCUUUACUGGACAUUAAAAGGUACUUCCUGUUGUCUAUGUGACACAUGUUCAACAGGAGCAAGCUAUUGUGGGUUUAAAUAUUAUUUUGGUACUUUUACAUUUUUUUUUAUUGUAGCUCUCGGCACACAUACCUUUACCACCACCGAAAUGGAUUUUCUCGCUGUCUCUUGGAAUGUGCUACUCAUUGGGACCACUCAGAAAUGAAUUGAACUUCAUGAAUUGUCUUCAACUUUUUCUUUUUCCGUGUCUAUCUUUUGCUUUCCUGUUUUUUUCUUCCUUUGCAAAUUGAAUGCAGCUGAACACCAAAUGCAGUUGGACAUGAAUGAAAUGUGAGCCGAUGAUGUUUUAAAAAGAAAAAAAAAAAAGUUUACAAAAAAUUCUCUCUCUUUUGAAAAAGGAAUUCCAGAAAUGGAACACAAUGUGUUUUUUGACAUAGCUAAUCAUGUUGGAUUGUUUGUAGUUUUUUUUAUUUUCUAAUGUUAUUGGUGUUACUGUUGUUGAUGUUGAAAUGAUCAUUAUUAUUGACAUUAAUUUAAUUCUAGACACUGCAUAUCGCAUGACCUGUGGAACUGUGUCCAGUGCUGUAGACUUGAUAGCAUUAAAUUCUCCGUCCUAUGAGUAGUUUUGCUGCUUCCCUCUGACUAUUAGUCACAUACAAUGUCAGUUGCAUUUCUGUAUCUAAACAUGCUGCAUUGAAUGUGAAGCCCACUGUAUGCUAAGGAGACGGACUAUGUGAAUGUUAGGAUCUGGCGAGAGGGACCUUAUCCCCCAGAGAUGAGCUAGUCGUGGGUUGUGUGUGAAUGUUUAAAAGAAGAUUAUACACGUUUAAAAUGAUACACCUCUUUUUAUAUAACUAAUUUUUAACAGUAAUAACAACACUCAAACCUAAUGUCGAUUACGCAGAUGACACUUAAUAGAGUGACGUUCACAAAGAGUGAAAAAGUUCAGUGGCGAUUCGAUUUGGUGUCCUUACAAUACAAACUCUGACAAGACAUGAGAACAAAUAUUCUAAGUUUGAAUAGGGGGAUUAGAUAGAUUUUAACAAUGUCAAUGGUGUUUCUUUUAAUAAGCUACAAGGUACCAUCAAUAAAUAAUGACUCCCCCCCCCUACCUAGUACCCCUUUCAAGAAUGACAAGAGAGGGGUCCACUAGGGGUAGACAAAGGCACAUUUCAAUUUCCCUUUACAGCAUGACCUCUUUUGUCAGAAUUGGUCUGUGUUUUACAUUUGUCCUCAUAAAAAAGUUGAUUAAAUGAUUUUUUGAAAUAACACAUAAAACCAUAUAAUGGACGACCCUUGCGCAAUUUUGAUCUAAUUGAAUGACUGAAUGUAUGUUCCCUGCAAAUCCUUUACCAUCAAGGCAAAACAGAAUUAAAAUGGUCUCCAAUGUAUCAAAA